AUGUUUGAAUAUUUUUUGCUUUUUCUAAUUGUUCUUGUGAUAAUUUUGGUGAUAAUAAUUAAAUUGCGAAAGAAAUCAUUCCGACUAACAAAAUUGCCGUAUUUAGCAUUUAAAAAUGGUAUUAAUUAAAUGGAUAUUAACGACGUAAUAAACCUGGCUAGGACAAGUACCAGCUUUCGAAAAAAAUUGAAACAAGUGAAUCGUGAAGUGUUCAAUUUAAUUGUUGAAUGUUACGAAGACGGUACUAUCAGAGAAAGAGCACUUCCGUCGAAGAGUAAUAGUUCUCGAUACAGAGAGCCAUAUGCAAUAUGUAUAUCAAUUCAUGAUGGGUGUGGCACGAAGGCGAGAUAUCAAAUGGGCAACUCACUAUGACGUCGAUCAUUUAAUUGGUUGGUUCUGCACUUUCUACAACAAAAGAAACCAGUUGCCAUGUCUCUUGUUUUACACGUCACAACAUUUGACAGACCUGUUGAAUUUGUUGCACGAUUCUUUUUCAAUCAAAAAUGUCGAUUUAGUAAUUGACCGUGAUCGAAUGUUCGGGGAAUAUCAAUCCACUCUGAGUCACCCAUUAUUUCGGAAAUGCCAUUUUGUCAAACUUCUUGGAAAACGACUAUACGUUAGCAAUGAGGAUAUGCAUUUUAUAUUAAAGAAUUUCGAUUUGAAAUACGGAUUUCUGACUCGCUGUUUACAAAGGCGACAGAAAACUGUGGUUAAAUAUUCCCCGAUUGGAGUUGAAUGGAGACACACAGUUGACAUUGGAGGAUUUAAAGAUGAUGAACAGCGAAAAAAUGCGAUUUUUCAAUUUAUUUGGACUGAUGACUUAUUGAAUGGGUUGCCACAUUCAAAGUGGAAUCCGAAACGUCGAGAAAGAAUCUUCUACGACGAUAUUGAAUUCGUGGAUUGUUCAAAAGGACGAGAUAUUGAACGAAGUGAUGGUCUACUCGCAACUAUUUUAUGCACAUCCAAUACCAUGUACUUGCUCGUAUGGCAUGAUAGAUUCCCGACGGAUCCCCGAACGACGUUGAUUUGA